GCGAGAAACGCGCAUUAGCAGCCUCUACUCGAGCUUCAGCCCCCAAAUUUCGAACAACGAACCGCGAAGGCGGCUGGAGCCGUCUCGGCUAUACUUAUUCAAUACGGCGCGCAUUGAUCUUAGACAUCGCCACCAUGUGGGGGAAAGAGUGUCAGUCGUCGUCCCCAUAACAAACCCCCUUUGCCAAGUGUUCAGCCUUGCUGCACCCAGAUUGCCAUCGAUAAUAUCCAGAGCCUUGUCACCUUUGCACUUUAGUCUCAGCCGUACUCUUCCUCGAUCCCAGGCUUCACACGAAAGUUAGACUCCACCCCUCAACAGCCCCAUCGAACGGAAGUCAAAUCUUUGCAACGAUGGAUCAACCAGAUCUUGUGAUAUCUGUGGAUUUCGGCAUGACCUGUACCGGUGUUGCUUAUUGCAACAUGUCAACAGGCUCCGACACAGUGAGACACAUUCAAAGAUGGCCAGGAAGAACACAGGCAAACGAGAACAAAGUCCCUACCCUUCUUGUAUACCCGCACAACUCAGACACCCCUUCAUCGUGGGGCUUUCUCGCAGAAACAGCGCAAGAAGUGAGCGGUUCUGGACAUGAAAGCCGCGAAUGGUUCAAGAUCAUGCUAGACGAAGAUCUGCUAGAACAGAUGCGGAAGAAAUCCAGCGAUCCGUCCAAGGUUCCGCGCAUCCACGAGGUGGAGAAAUGGUACACUGAUUACUUCCAAUACCUUUACCGAACGAUCGAGGCUCGAUUAAAGGGCGAACUAGCCAGCACAUGGGAGAACGCCAAGAUUGAAUACAUCUUCUCUGUCCCUACCACAUGGCGUCCGCUACCAACCGUGGAGAGAUUCCGAAAAAUCAUCGCCGCCGCCGGCUUUGGCUCAUGUCCGAACCACACAGCCACCGUUGGCUUAACAGAGGCUGAGGCCGCGGCAGUGCACACAGCGCGAAACAUGCCUGGAAUUUUCAAAGAGAACGAGGUGCUCUUCGUCUGCGACGUUGGAGGCGGCACCACUGAUCUCUCCGUCUUUCGUGUGAAAAACACAAUCGGUGGAUCAUUGAACCUGGAGCAGUUGGAUGUAGUGUUUGGUGCUGCUAUUGGCGCUGCACAGCUUGACACCCUCUUCGAAAACGCGGCUCUUGAACGACUUGAACUCGCCGAUCGCACCAUUCCGACAGGUCUCUCCGAUCUCCAUAGUGCGGCAUGGGAGAUGCGAAUCAGUAAAGAAUACCAAAAUGCAAAGUGCGACUAUGGCUCUGAAGAGUCACUGGCAGAUACCGACACAUUCGCCGUACGAGUGCCCAAGCUGGACCCGAGCUACACGAAUGAACAGUUUGAGAUCAGCAACGGGGACAUGUAUUUCCAGAGAGACGAUCUUAAGGGCAUCUUCGAUAUUCAAAUUUCUAAGCUAUUUGAGAUGAUGGACAAACAGCUCGUCCGUCUGCAGCAGAAACAACCAAACGAACAAGUCGCACAUCUCGUCCUCUCCGGUGGCCUCGGCAACUCGCCAUACGUCCAAUCCUGUUUGAGAUCGAAGUAUGCCUUUGGGAACUCGGUACACGCCAAUGCUCAAAACAUACAGAUACGGGUCGCGCCUGACCCGCAGCUUGUUGUCUGCAAGGGCAACGUCGCAGACCGUGUCGCAAAGCUGAAGAGUGGCAAAGCAGUUCUGGGUUGGCGCUGCUGCCGUGCUUCUUACGGGACAAAGUGCAAGAUGCUGUACAGCGCAAGCAAUAAAGAUCACAUUGGCCAGAAGACUGAGAUUGAUGUGCUUGAUGGCAAAGCGUAUGUCGUGGACUGUGUUGACUGGUUUAUCAAGAAGGGUGAGGCAGUCUCAAGUGACUCCCCUAUCGUUCGUGACUUCAGUCGCAAAUGUUCGCCGGCAACAUCAUCAGUUCCCAAUCCUCCACGCAUCUUUCCUACGGAUGUGAUCUGUUCCGAGGCAGAAGCAGAGCUACUCCCCUACACAAUGAACUCCACUUGCCGUUCAAUAUGCAAAGUCGAAUCCGACUUCGCCACCAUCCCACUCUCCCAAUUCAAACUGAAAAACCGACACUGGUGGAACAGCGGCAAGAAAUACCACCGCAUCAACUUCGUCAUCAAGGUGAACCUCGGACCCGCGGAUCUGUCCUUCGAGCUCUGGCACAACGGCGUCAAGCUCAGCAAAGACAACACCAUCAAGGUCGAGUGGCAGGCUGCGGCUCCCCCGGACCCUGCUCAGCAGCCUGUGGACAGCGACUUCCCCAUGAACAGCCUGCCGGCGGCAACUAACAGGGGGCCGGUUGUCACAAGAAAGUCGAUACAGCAUCUGGGGAAUUUGAACGGGUAUGGGGCGGCGCCUCAGGGAGGAUAUCAGGGCUAUAAUAAUGAUUUGGGUAAUAAGAUGGUGGUUAGUGCGAGUGUGACACCUGCACAGCAGAAUGGACAGAAGGUUUGGUAG